AUGUUAAUAGGUUCAGGGUUAUUUUGGCAUUUGUUGUGUGUUAGCCAGCACAAAGCGCAAAGUAACUUAUUAUGGCAGAAAACACAAUUAGGUUGGGUUUUAGGAGGCCAAAUUGCCUGGCCCAUUCAAAAGAAGUUACCAAUUCAAAAAUGUUACCUCGUUACGAAUCAAGAGCUCUCAAAUCAAUUAGAACAGUUUUGGUCAAUUGAACAUUUAGGUUCAAAUAAAGACAUUGAGCUGGAUGAGUGUAAGAUACACUUCCAGGCAACUACACAUAAAGAUAUUACAGCGGAAAAACGGUUUAGAUCCUUAGAAGCAAAAUUAGUAAAACAACCCGAUUUGCGCGAUCAGAAUGUGCAGUUCAUGAGGGAAUAUGAGAAUUUAGGACAUAUGUCCCGGGUUUCCGUCCCAGAUUUAGAUCGGUGCGGGCAUUCAUUUUAUCUCCCACACCACGCCGUUACCAAGAUUGAGAGUACAACAACGAAGCUUCGUGUUGUAUUUGAUGGUUCGGCAAAAUCAAGUACGGGCAUCUCGCUGAACGACACUCAAAAGGUCGGCCCAACAGUACAGAGCGAAUUAGUUGAAAUUCUUAUUAGAUUUAGAACACAUCAGUUUGUAUUGUCUGUAGAUAUAGAGAAGAUGUAUCGGCAGAUUUUGAUAGAGCCAGCUCAGCGAUGUUUUCAAAGAAUUUUGUGGCGUCCUGAUAACACUUCCCCAAUAGAAACUUUUCAAUUGAAUACUAUAACAUACGGUACAGCCUCCGCCCCAUUUUUAGCCACCCGCACAUUAAAGCAGAUCGGUUUAGAAUGCGCACAAGAAUUUCCAGUUGUUAGUAGAAUAAUUAUCAACGAUUUCUACGUUGAUGAUUUGUUAACGGGGCUGGAUACAGUAGAUGAAUUGAGAUAUGUAAAAGAAAGGUUAUCACAAAUAGUAGGACAAGCAGGUCUUAGAUUAAGAAAGUGGGCGUCCAAUUGCGCUACAUUUACAGAACAGGGUUCUAACAUAAAACAUAUAGAAUUGAGUGCGGACAAAGUUCCAAAAACUCUUGGUCUGCACUGGUCAACGGUGGAGGAUGAACUCCAUUUCAUGAUAAAACCGUCGACUAAUAAUAGAGUUACAAAACGGCAAAUUCUGUCAGAAAUUUCUCAGAUCUUCGAUCCUUUGGGGUUAAUCGGCCCGGUUAUCACAUGCGCGAAAUUAGUCAUGCAACAAUUGUGGCAACUGCGAACAGAUUGGGAUGAGUCUGUAUGUCAAGAGAUUCAUCAUCAAUGGGUAAAAUACAGAAAAGAAUUAGAAUAUUUAAGUCAAAUUAGAAUCCCUCGACGAGCACUUGUUUCUUUAGUGCAGGUAGAAUUGCAUGGGUUUUCUGAUGCGUCGGAAAGGGCGUAUGGGGCUUGCGUCUACCUGCGGUCGAGGGGAAAAUCAGGUAAUUGGGAGACCGGACUUUUGUGUUCGAAGUCGCGUGUAGCUCCAUUAAAGACAGUUUCAUUACCGCGUUUAGAGUUAUGCGGUGCAUUAUUACUGGCACAGUUAAUAAGUAAGGUAAAAUCAGCACUUAGAAUCCAAAUAUGCGAUGAAAGAUAUUGGUGUGAUUCUACGAUCACACUCGCAUGGAUCCAUAGUAUUCCAGGUAGAUGGAAAGUUUUCGUCGCGAAUAGAGUCGCGAAGAUACAGGCAUUAACAGACAAGGAAAAAUGGUCGCACCGCGAAGAACAGCACUGGCCCCAGUUAUCAGUCAAAUUAGACAAUAUUCCUGAUGAAAGGAAGAAAUUAGUUGUAGUAGCGGUUAGUUGUUCGGACAUUAGACAGUUUUUUAAUCGUUACUCAGAGUUUAAGCGCUUAGUUAGGGUAACCGCGUAUUGUUUGCGGUUCGUGAAUAACUCGCGAAAACGUAGGAAAUCGGAAGGGCAAGGCCUUGCAGUAGAUGAAUUGUUAGGGGCGCAGGAAACGUUAAUUCGAAUGGCGCAAAAAGAAAUGUUUUCAACAGAGUUCAACAUAUUGAACAAGGGUCAAGACGUGCCGAAACAGAGCCCAUUAAGAUCAUUAGCUCCUUUUAUUGAUGAGGCAGGAAUUAUUAGAGUAGGUGGACGUCUGAAUAACGCUCCCAUUGCAUACAGUAAUAAGCAUCCAAUUUUAUUACCCGCGAAACACCCGUUAACAGAUUUAAUUAUUAAAGACGAACAUUAUAGAUUGUUACACGCGGGUUGCCAGCAUGUAGUUGCGUCACUACGUGAGAGGUAUUGGCCGAUCAAUUGCAUGCAGAAUGUCAAAAGAGUAGUCAGAAAUUGCGUGAGAUGCUUCCGGGUCAAUCCGCAAGGAAUACAAUACCCCAUGGGCCAGCUACCUGCUGUCCGAGUGACACCACCUCGACCGUUUUUGAAUUGCGGCGUAAGUAGAUUAUGCGGGUCCAUUCACGACAAAAGAUCGCAUUCGCAGCAAACCCGCCGAGGCCGUUGUCAUCAGAUUUUUUCGGACAACGGUACUAAUUUUGUAGGCGCGAAGAAUAAGCUAAGCGACUUAGAUAAGUUAGUUAGAAAUAGUGAGCAUAAUUCAAAAAUAGCUAUGUUUUUAAGUAAUGAGCAGAUUCAGUGGAAUUUUAUUCCCCCUCAAGCCCCGCAUUUUGGAGGCUUAUGGGAAAGUGCGGUGAGGCGAGCGAAAUAUCAUUUGAUUAGAGUAAUAGGGGAUCAAAAAUUGACGUACGAAGAAUUGUAUACGUUAUUAACUCAGAUAGAAGCAUGUUUAAAUUCCCGCCCUCUUAGUCCCAUCUCAUCCGAUCCCCAUGAUUGUACACCUCUGACCCCAGGACAUUUUCUGAUCGGCACUGCGUUGACUGCAUUGCCGGAGCCUGACUUCACAGACGUCAGAACAAAUCGCCUAAAUAGAUACCAGUUAAUCCAGCAAAUGUUGCAGCAUUUCUGGCAGCGCUGGCAGAAAGAAUAUUUACACCAUCUGCAGCAACGCAACAAAUGGACAGCUACAAGCAACCACCAAUUGUCAAAGGGGACGUUGGUGGUAAUCAAAGAAGACAAUCUACCCCCCCUACGAUGGUGUCUUGGCAGAAUCACGGAGCUGCACCAGGGCAAGGAUGGGGUUGUUCGCGUUGUGUCCGUGAAGACGGGGGACGGACUUUACAAGCGGCCCAUCACCAAGAUCUGUAUCCUGCCGAUGCAAGAUCCUUCAGAUUCGGAAUAG